AAGCACACCGACCGCUAGUUUUUCAUCUUUCCGACUGCUCGUGAAGACAGCGCACCUCCAUCAGCACCCUGUUGCAACCUCAACUUUCUUUUUGUUCCUUUCAAGGAACCGGGCUAAUCACCGCCACCAGAGACGAAAGGAGAAGAAACACUUUUUAGUCCUGUUUAUUUUUUUAAACAUAAAACUACAAUGAAGUUGGCGCUUAUUCGCAGUGCUUACAUGAGUCUCCGGGCACAUCAGGUCCGUCCGGGUAGCAGAUUCACCGGGUUUUCGCGAAGAUGCCUACCGAUAGGCAUUACCAGCAGUCGAUUGAGCCUCCGAGCGGCAAGCGCUACCUCCAGCACCGGCACCAACCCGAAGUUAACCGGUAACUUUGGGGUACAAUCUCAAAAGGGGGAUGAGUCUGAUUACGACAACCAUGUGAGGAAAGUGGUUCAGAGCACCAGGGAAGCAAUUGUGACUCUGCAGAAAAGAAACCCAGCAAUUCAACCCUUGUUAGCCAUUCUACAGGCAGGUGAAGACGACAGCAUGCUGGAGAUCAAUAAGAAAAUGGCAGUAAAGAUUGGUUUGAACAUCACUCAGAUUUGUCUGGUAAAGGAGUGCAGUGAAGAUGAUAUUGUAGAGGAGUUGCUGAAGUUGAAUGAUGACCCCAAAGUGCAUGGUAUCUACCUUCACCUCCCCCCAGCUUCAAUCACCAGUCGGGUCCUCAACACCUUAAAACCCGAGAAGGACAUCGAAGGCAUAUCAGACUUGAAUAUGGGCCGUCUGAUACGAGGAGACCUGAGUAAAGGCUUUGUACCUCCUUUAGCUAGUGCUGUUUUGGAUCUGCUGGAGAACCAUGAUGCUCCUUUGGAAGGAAAAACUGUGUUGCUGGUUGGUGGAGAGGGUCCCCUUCAGCUGGCUGUGCAGUGCCUGAUUGAACGAAGUGGAAUGGUCACUCUGAAGAGUCACUGGAGCUCCAAAAGCCUGCAGGCACAGGUUAUGCAGGCUGAUGCUGUGGUCCUGCUAGAUGUUGGAAAUAUGUAUGUUCCACCCACCUGGAUUAGACCAGGGGCUGCUAUCAUUUACUGUAAGCCAGCUCUGGAGAAAGAUGAAAAUGCUUUUGGAUUGUCUUCAAAAUCUGGAUUAGAAAGCCUCACAGCAGCUUACAGAACACAGAAUGUUGUCCGGAGUUGCAGUCGGUGGCUCAAGGGUCAGGAAUACAGACCCUGGCAUCUGCGCAGCCUCAAACUGCAGCCCUUAACUCCUGUACCAAGUGAUUUAGCGAUAUCCAGAGCUCAGAUACCAAAACCAGUAGAUCAGCUGGCUGAAGAGAUUGGUUUGCUACCAGAAGAGCUAGAAGCCUAUGGGAGGAGCAAAGCUAAGGUUCGACUCUCUGUGUUGGAACGCCUCCAGUCACAGCCUAAUGGCAAAUAUAUUCUGGUUGCCGGUAUAACUCCCACCCCACUGGGCGAAGGUAAAAGCACAGUGACUGUUGGUCUGGUCCAAGCGUUGUCUGCCCACCUUAAGCUCAACUCUUUUGCCUGUCUCCGUCAGCCAUCCCAGGGACCAACUUUUGGAGUUAAAGGGGGAGCUGCAGGAGGUGGGUAUGCCCAGGUCAUCCCUAUGGAGGAGUUCAACCUUCAUUUGACUGGUGACAUUCAUGCCAUCACAGCUGCCAAUAACCUGGUGGCAGCAGCCAUCGAUGCCAGGAUGCUCCACGAAGCGACGCAGUCAGACAAGGCCCUUUUCAAUAGAUUAGUCCCUUCUGUGAAUGGAGUCAGAAAAUUCUCACCCAUCCAGAUCUCCAGGCUGCAACGCCUUGGCAUCAGGAAAACAGAUCCUGCAUCACUCACACCUGAAGAAAUCAACGCGUUCGUACGUCUUGAUCUUGACCCCUCAAAAAUCACCUGGCAGAGAGUUGUUGAUACAAAUGACCGUUUUUUGAGGAAGAUCACCAUCGGACAGGCAAGCUCUGAGAAAGGACAGAUCAGAGAGACUGGGUUUGACAUUGCAGUGGCCAGUGAGAUCAUGGCCAUCCUGGCCUUGGCUGACAGCCUCGGGGACAUGAAGAACAGGCUGGCACGCAUGGUGGUGGGGACCAGCCGCUCUGGACAGCCUAUCACAGCAGAGGACCUCGGUGUGAGUGGGGCUCUGGCGGUGUUAAUGAAAGAUGCUAUCAAGCCCACGCUGAUGCAGACCCUUGAGGUGAGACCUGUGCACAUGACCGAGGCAGGUUUCGGAGCUGACAUUGGGAUGGAGAAAUUCUUCAACAUCAAAUGUCGAGCCUCUGGUUUGAGGCCCAGUGUGGUGGUGCUGGUCGCAACCGUUCGAGCGCUAAAGAUGCACGGCGGCGGCCCAAAUGUAUCUGCAGGUGCACCGCUUCCCCGAGAGUAUACCGAUGAGAACCUGAGCCUGGUUGCUGGCGGCUGCCGUAGCAAUCUCAGGAAGCAGAUCCAGAUUGCACAUCUGUUUGGGGUACCAGUCGUGGUUGCUGUUAAUGUCUUCAAGACAGACACCCAGGCAGAGAUCGACCUUGUAUGUCAGAUAGCGAAAGAGUGUGGCGCAUCCGACGCUUUGCCGUGCAACCACUGGGCGCAGGGUGGAAGAGGCUGCUCGGAGCUCGCCCAGGCUGUGAAGGAGGCUGCCAGCAAACCCAGCGACUACCAGUUUCUCUACAACACAGAGAUGUCGAUCGUGGAGAAGAUCAGAACAAUAGCCCAGAGAGUGUACGGGGCCGAUGACAUCGAGCUGUCUCCAGAGGCCAAGACCAAGACAGAUUAUUACCAUCAACAAGGUUAUGGUUCAUUGCCCAUCUGCAUGGCCAAGACCCAUCUGUCCCUGUCCCACAUGCCCGACAAGAAGGGGGCACCCACUGGAUUUGUUUUGCCAAUCAGAGAUGUCCGUGCCAGCAUCGGAGCUGGCUUCAUCUACCCAUUAGUGGGAACGAUGAGCACAAUGCCUGGCCUGCCCACACGACCCUGUUUCUACGACAUUGACCUUGACCCGGUCACGGAGGAGAUCACUGGGCUCUUCUGAGCAUGCUCCCCAACGUUAUUCUCGCUCCCUGCUCUGUUUUCAGGAGCAUGGGCUCCAUGCAUUCACCAUAAGGCUCAUCUAACCCUGAGCCACUGGCAGGAAACAAUUUCUUUCUCUUCCCAGCUGAUCUGCAUCAAAGCAACAUGGAAGAAGAGGGAGGAUUAGUGGACCAUUAGACUAGCAUUAUGCUGCAUUUGCACGUGUGUCAUAUGCCAAAGACCAUGCCCUACAACCAUAUAUAUGUAUAUCAUACAAAUAUAUUUGGUUUUUUCUGGGUAUAGAAGAGUCCAUUUUCUUGGAUUUUAUUUUGUUGUUUCCUUGGAUGUCUAACUUC